CACGAAUAAAUUUACCGAACCAGCUGAUGACUCUCUGAUAUGAACACGUAGGAACACCACCGUAGCCAUGUCGACUUUUGGAACGCAUUUUAGGGUAACGACGUACGGCGAGUCCCACUGCCUGUCGGUAGGAUGCAUAGUCGACGGCUGCCCGCCGGGCAUGGCCCUCACAGACGCGGAUAUCCAGCCUCAGAUGACGCGGCGACGACCAGGACAAUCUGCGAUUACGACGCCGCGAGAUGAGAAGGAUAGAGUGGAAAUCCAGUCCGGGACGGAGUUUGGCAUCACGCUGGGCACGCCCAUUGGUAUGCGCGUCAUGAACGAGAACCAGCGGAAGCAGGACUAUGGCAACCAGACGAUGGACAUGUACCCCCGGCCGAGCCAUGCGGAUUGGACGUACCUGGAGAAGUAUGGGGUCAAGGCGAGUUCGGGGGGUGGGAGGAGUAGUGCGCGGGAGACAAUAGGACGAGUCGCUGCGGGCGCAAUAGCAGAAAAAUACCUCCGCGAAGCCUACGGCGUCGAAAUCGUCGCCUUCGUCACCUCCAUCGGCAACGAAUUCCUCUUCCCCCCCUCACCCGCCCACCCCACCUGCGCUACGAACCCUGAGUACCUCAAGCUCAUCGAGACCAUCGACCGCAAGACCGUCGACGCGUUCCUCCCCGCGAGGUGUCCCAACGACGAGUGCAGCAAGCGCAUGGUGAAACUGGUGGCGGACUACAGGGACAGGCAGGACAGCAUAGGCGGCACGGUGACGUGCGUGGUGAGGAAUUGCCCGUCAGGGCUGGGCGAGCCGUGCUUUGACAAGCUGGAGGCUACGCUCGCGCACGCGAUGCUGAGUAUCCCGGCGACGAAGGGGUUUGAGAUAGGGUCCGGGUUUGGAGGGUGUCAGGUCCCGGGGUCUGUUCACAAUGAUCCCUUCAUCAAAGCGCCGGCCAUCCCGCCUGGCGCGAUCGAUCACCCGGCAGUGCCCCGCCCGCGCCUGACGACCAAGACGAACAACUCCGGCGGUAUUCAGGGCGGUAUUUCGAAUGGCGCGCCGAUCUACUUUACCGUCGCUUUCAAGCCGCCGGCGACGAUUGGCCAGGCGCAAAAUACGGCGACCUACGAUGAGGAGACUGGUGUGCUGGAGGCGAAGGGGAGGCAUGAUCCAUGUGUGGUGCCGAGAGCGGUUCCUAUAGUGGAGAGCAUGGCGGCGCUCGUGAUUAUGGAUGCGGUGUUGGCGCAGCAGGCGCGGACGGCGGCGAGGAGUUUGCUGCCGCCAUUGAAGGGGGUUGUGCCGGUGCUGGGUGGGAGCAAAGAGGCGGAUGGGGCGUGAAUGCGGAACAAAGUCAAUUUUAGGUCGUAAUGGACUGAAAAGUCGAACGAGUGCUCCCUCUACGCUUCAGCUGCCUCGCAUUCGUGUCUCUCUCUGUGCAUCCGAUCAGUUGGCACCCAGGUAUCCUCAGUAUCCCCUUACACAGUACAAGGCGGCAGUGGGGCGGUGGCGGCCAGGGGAAGGCGGGAUUUAGAUUCCCAAGAGUUUUGUGCAGGCAUUGUUCUCUUCUAGACUACAAUACUUGGUAGCGAAAAGAACUUUCUGAUGAGUCCUGG